CUCCAUAGGUUCUAGGGUUUCAAAUACCAAAUCCCCAUUUUCGCAAAGCACGCUCACAGUCACUCUCCCUUCCGCCGGCUUCCGUCCAACCCUUCAUUCUUCUCAAUCCAUCUUCAAGCUCUUCACAUUCCAAUCACAAACGGUUCGAUUCUGCGCCAAUCUCCGAAACGCUUAAGCGUACUCUUCUAUUUCAAGAAUUCCUAGAACUCAUUUGCUCAUAUAUUCCCAAUAAAGUUGGAAUCUUGGGUAGUUUCGAAGGGUUUAUAUGGGGAAAUCUGGUGGGAAGAAAAAGAAGGGCGGUGCUACCCAGAACCAGGGAACUGGAGUGAAAAAUGGGCAAACUCCCGUUGCUAAUGGAAGUUUUGAAGUGGACUCUUCAAAUUUGUUGAAAAGGGCUCUGGAGCUCAAAGAAGAGGGGAACAGUAGGUUUCAGGCGAAAGACUACGUGGGCGCCCUUCAGCAGUAUGAGAAUGCCCUCAAACUCACCCCGAAAACCCACCCUGACAUAGCUGUGUUUCAUAGCAACAGGGCUGCUUGUUUGAUGCAGAUGAGGCCCAUAGAUUAUGACGCUGUGAUUCAUGAGUGUUCGAUGGCCCUCCAGGUUCAGCCCCAAUUCGUCCGCGCCCUUCUCAGAAGAGCCCGUGCUUAUGAGGCUGUUGGGAAGUAUGAUAUGGCUAUGCGGGAUGUGCAGAUGCUGUUGAAUGCCGAUCCGAGUCACCAAGAUGCUCUGGAUAUUGCUGGGCGGUUGAGGACAGCUCUUGGGCCUCCUCGUCCAGAGGCCCAACAGGAUCUUCAGAGCCAUCCGUCACCAGCUGCCUUAGGUGCAUCUGCUGUGGGCUCGGCUCCAAUUGCGGGCCUUAGCCCAUGUCUGCCUGCUCGACCCGGGCCUAAGAAGCAGCCACCUUCAGUUGGGACUUCCUCACUGCCACCUAAUAAUAAUAUUAAGCAUCAUCCGGUUAAGCCAAUUAUUGACAAUGGCCAUCAAGCUAAGGUGCAAUUGCCUGUGGUUGUCUUAAAGCCUUCAAGUGGUUCUCCCAAGCCUAGCAUUGAUCCAGUCAAAGAUGACCAAAAGGAACAUGCAAUGAUGACUAGUGUUCAGUCAAAGCCAGCAGCUGUGAUUUGUUGGAGGCCACUGAAGCUUGUCUAUGAUCACGACAUACGUCUUGCACAAAUGCCUCAAAAUUGCAGUUUCAGAGAGUUGAGAGACAUUGUUACCAAACGCUUCCCAAUGUCAAAAUCGGUUCUUGUCAAGUACAAGGACGGUGACGGUGAUUUGGUCACGAUCACAUCCACAGCCGAGCUGAGAUUAUCUGAGUCCAGUGUGGUUGACCCUGUUGGGACUCUGAAACUGCACAUUGUUGAAGUGAGCCCUGAACAAGAGCCACCUCUAUUGGAAGAAGAAGUAGAAGAGGAGAAGCCUGUCGAAAGUGAUACUGUUGUUGAAAGUGACAUCACCAAAACAGAAAAUGAUGUCACCGACAAGGAGAAAUCUGGAACUUCAGGAGAUCCGGAGACAAAGGAAGUGGAGAUGGAUGAUUGGUUGUUUGAGUUUGCACAGUUGUUCAGGACCCACGUUGGCAUCGACCCGGAUGCCCAUAUUGAUCUGCACGAGCUAGGAAUGGAGAUUUGCUCAGAAGCACUUGAGGAAACAGUCACCAGUGAAGAGGCUCAAGCUCUGUUUGACAAAGCAGCUUUAAAGUUUCAAGAAGUGGCAGCACUGGCUUUCUUCAACUGGGGAAAUGUUUACAUGUGUGCUGCAAGGAAACGCAUACCCAUCGAAGAUCCUGGGUCAAAGGAGCUAUUGGCCUCACAGCUUCAGUCUGCUUAUGACUGGGUGAGGGACAAAUACUCUCUGGCCAAAACAAAGUACGAGAAGGCCCUUCUGAUCAAACCCGACUUCUACGAGGGUUUAUUGGCAAUAGGACAGCAACAGUUUGAAAUGGCAAAGCUCCAAUGGUCAUUCAUUUUGGCCAAGAAGGAGGACCUGUCGAAGUGGGACCCAACCGAGACGUUCAAGCUUUUCGACAUCGCGGAGGAGAAAAUGAACGUUGCAACAGAAAUGUGGGAGAAGCAUGAAGAACAGAGAGCUAAAGAGUUGAAGGAUCCUGACAGAAGCAAGAAAGAUGAAGUGCUAAGAAGAAGAAAGAAGCAAGGAAAUGGCAUUCCUGAUACUGAAACUGAGAUCUCGGCAGAAGAAGCAGCAGAACAAACUGCCUUAAUGAGAUCCCAAAUACAUCUGUUUUGGGGUAAUAUGCUUUUUGAGCGGUCUCAGAUCGAGUGUAAGUUGGGUUUGGAUGGUUGGGAGAAGAACCGUGACACUGGAGUUGAGAGGUUUAAGCUUGCAGGCGCUUCUGAAUCUGAUAUCGCGACCGUUCUGAAAAAUCAUUGCUCCAAUCAAGAAGCAGCUGCUGCGAAGGAACCUGGGAAAGUAACUGAUUAAGAAGAAGAUGAUGAUGACAUUGAUGAUGCCGAUCAACCGUAGGGUAUUUUUACAUUAUUUUGUUUCAAGGAAUGAGGAACAAUUUAUUUUAUUUUUCGUAUUCAAGUAGCAAAUUGGCUUCACAUUUUAUUUAUUGUGUGGUCACAAGUUUGAACUGUGGGCAAUAAAAUGUCAACCAGACAAUAGUUUUGUGUUUUUUGUGAUAUGUAAUAGAUGCCAGCUUGUUCUAUAUGAACAUGAUGUUCUUCUUUGUUUCAGGUAGUAAUAAGAAGUGUUUGGCUGCGUGGCUUAUUCUGUGAAAUAACAAGGAUGAGCAGAGCAGGGUAAGAGCUUAUUCAUGAAACUCAUUUUCUUUCUUUCAAAUUUCAAUACAAAUAAACUCGGGAAUAGGAGUAAGAUGAAACAAAAGAAAUACUUGGAAUUCUC